AUGGUGGUCGAGCUGGCACUGCUGUCCACCGCUUCGUCAGGUCCAACUGCGACGGGCAAGAAGCCCAGCGUUGCAGCGGCCAAGGCGGUUGCCAAGGCUGGCGCGCCCGCGCGGCCGCGGACAAGAAGCCCUUCGCGUCCUCGGGAGCGGAUCAGAAGCCCUUCGCGUCCUCGCGAGCGGACAAGAAGCCCUUCGCGUCCUCCGGAGCAUGCAGUGGCUAAGGCCGACGUCGUCCGGAAGGUUUCGCAGCCCAACGCAGAGGCUGGCAAGGAAGCGAGGCGUGGCGGAGACGAUGCAGACGUGAAGGUGGAAAACGUCAAGGAGGAGAAGGUCAAGGAAGAGACCGUGAAGGUGGAGGACGAUUCGAAUCGCAGAAAAGAGCUGGACGCGUUGGAGAGCAGCCUGGACAUGGUGCAUCAGGACAGUGAUGCACAGAUGAAACGCAUGAUGGAGCUGCAGCGGAGCAUGGACGAGCUGCGGAAGAGCAUGGAGGACCGACCGCCGAAACCGUGA